AAAAUUUGUGCUACAACUUUACAAGGCCAUUGAAAUGGUUGCGUUGUUCCAUUUUUCCAUAGGAAAAAAAUUGCGUGAAAGUUCGAAGUUGAUCAUAAAUGCAAGUGCGUUACUCUUACUACGUUCGAUGUCUCAGCACUAGGCUCUAUUCACGUUCAGCCACCAAACGCGCCACUUCCAAAUCCCAAUCUUCUUCUUCAACCUCUUCAUUCCUUUCGGGACUCGAUGGGAAUAACACGCUCUCAAGCCUCAAGCUUAAGCGAGCCUCUGAUUCCGGUGAUUCGUCUCAUGCGGUGGUUGACCAUAUUUCUUCAAUUUUUCGCGGUGGUAAGGCAGUCAAGAAACCUGUUUCUGAGGAAAUUGAUUGUGCAAAGGAGUUUGAACGAAUGCCAAAUCUAUCAUGGUUGUCAGGUGUAUCCCAAAGCAAGAUAAUACUGCAACGGACAGAUCAAUCUCGUAACAAGAAGCAAAAAUGUGUGUUUGACUUUAAUCAAGAAAAACGUUUUCAGAAGUUAAUUGAAGUCUGUGCAAAGAUACUAGGACCAGAGGCUACCCUUGAGUUGUUUGGUAAAGUGGGACGAGAACCAGGUGUGAAAGGAUACAAUGCAUUGGUAGAAAUGUGUAUAGAUAAGGCAAGGGGAACUGAUGAUGAAGACAUUGCAAUAGAAGAACUGGGGAAGGUUUUUAACCUUUUUAAAUCAAUGAGGGAACAAGGUUUAGAGCUACAAGAGCAAACAUAUCGCCCACUUCUUUUGUAUAUGAUUGACAUGCAUAUGGUUGAGGAGUUUCAAUUUUUCUGUAUUGUUAUCAAAGAUGAGAAUCCCAGUUCAGUUACAAGGCUGGGUUACUAUGAAAUGUUAUUGUGGUUAAAAGUUGACAACGAAGAAAAGAUUCGUGGUAUUUGUAACUAUAUUGCAGAGAAUGAUGGUGAGGACAUGUCUGAUAUACAAGAAAGUUAUUUAUUGGCUCUUUGUGAAAGUGAAAGGACAGAGGAGAUUUUGAAGAUGCUGGAAAUCAUAGGCAUAAAAAACAUUUCAUCUGCUGAAUCUGUAGCAAAGAUAUUUCAGGCAUUAGGAAGAUUGCUAUUGGAACCUGUUGCGGAGAAGUUUCUUUUAGACUUCAAAACAAGUGAUCAUGAAGCAGAUAAUAUUACAAACUUCAUUGCUAGUUAUGCAGUUAGCAUUCCAAAUAUACCGGUUGAGGAUGUCAUAAAAAAAUUCAAAGAUUUGCACCAAAGACUAGAAGUUUCACCUUCAUCCUCAUCAUACGAGAAGCUCAUUUUACAUAGCUGUGAAUUUCUGAAGGUGCAUGUAGCGCUUGAAAUUGUUGAUGAAAUGUGUGAAGCAGGCUUGACUUUAUCAGUUGAUGUGUUACACUCGAUAUUACAAAUUUGUGACAAAACAGCUGAAUACAAUUUGGUUCAUCGAAUCUUCUCUACCAUACGUCGCUACAAUUUGGAAUCAAACAAUGAAACAUUCAGAUCUAUGAUAGACUUGUUCUUGAAGAUGAAAGAUAUUGAAGGUGCAUAUAAGAUGCUUGACGAUUUGGAGGAAUUAAAUUUGAAGCCGACAGCAAAGAUGUACAAUGUCAUAAUAGCAGAAUAUUUUAGAGAGGGAAACAUUAGUGACGGGGUUAGGGUUCUUGAGCACAUGCAAUGUGCUGAUAUAAAGCCUAAUUCACAGACUUUCAGCUACCUGAUUAGAAACUCUAAAACUGAAGAGGAUAUAGUGAAGUAUUAUGAAGAACUGAAGCAAUCUGGAAUAGUAGCUACAAAGCAAAUUUUCAUGGCACUUAUAUAUGCUUAUGCUGCUUGUGGACAGUUGGAGAAAGCAAAAAAGGUAAUCUUAGAUCCAUUGAUACCACCGAACAGCUUGAAUCAAAUCAAGGCUGUUCUUGUCUCGGUACUUGCAUCACAGAGUCAAUUGUCUGAGGCUCUUGUUAUUUAUGAAGAAAUCAAGAAAGCUGGAUACAAGCUGGAGGCAAAGGAUGUUAUGAGUCUCAUUGAGCACACUCAUUCCGAUGGAGAGUUGGAUAGGUUGCUUCUGCUACUUGAGGAAUUGUAUGACACAGACUAUUGGAAUGAUGCUUGCUGCAGAAUCAUCUUGUAUUGUAUUUGGAAUAAGCAUUUAAGUUCUGCUGUUGAGUUGUGUAAUCUGCUCAAGGAUAAGUUGGAAAGUGAUGAGCAAGUUAUGGAAGUUCUCUUUGAUAAGGUGUUUUCUCUGAUUGAAGAGUCCGAGUCCAGUCAUUUGCACACUUGCCUCGAGUUGCUUUCGGAAAUCAAGGAUAAGCUUGGCCUUUUGCCUUCCCAGAAAUGUGAUGAUUCUCUGCUACGUGCUUGUGCUAAUGCUAAUGCUAAUGCCACUGAUUUGCAUAAUACUGAAUGAGGCAGAUAAAUAUUCAUUUCUGCCCCCAACAGUUUUAGAAACCCCUGACAAUCUUUUUAAUAAGGAAAUAGGCAAUGUGAUAUUUACUCUA